CUCUUUCAAUCACUUCAUACGUCAGUAUUACACUGAAGUCUAUGAGCUCAAUCCAAGGACUUGAAGUGUGCCGUUAUCAAAUCGCAAUGGACUCUUCACCAGUGCAAUCGGCCAAGGGCGGCCCCGUGCCCAACAAUGCGGGCUUGACCUAUCAGAACCGACCUCUAGUUUCCGGAAGGGAAUCUAACUUGUCCACCGGCUGGCAGCCCCUUCCUAGUCCUGGUCUCUUGCCCCUCCCUUCACUUUAUAGUCCAAACUGUGCUCUAUGGACCCAACGCCUUCCCCCUGCCACGCCUAUUCGUCCUCAUGAAGUGAGUCUCAAACGCGAAUGCAAGUUCUGCCGCAAUAACGGAGAAGCCACGGCCACGUUUUCUAGCCAUGCUCUGCGAUGUCCUCGAACCAAGCAAUUGAUAUGUCCCGUUUUACGCAGUUACGUCUGCGGGAUUUGCGGUGCCACGGGCGAUGAUGCGCAUACGCACAACUACUGUCCGCAAUUGAAGUCUGAAUCGAAAAUGCGCCGGAGUCUGCCCGCUCUUUUGAAUCAAACUGUCCGUCAAGCCAGUGGACGGCGCUAAGAAACGAAAUGUUCCCAAACUUGACCUAGGCUCCAAGUUGUUCUUUCAUGACCUUGUUGAUUAUGUAUGUGACCCAAUAUCAAUCGGAUGAAUAUGAUUACUAAUAACAAUCCGAACGAAAUGAAAGAA